GAGGAGGUGCGGCAGGAUGGAGAGGCGAAAUCUGGCAGCCGUGUGCUUCUGGGAGUCCCGGGCGGUAGAGGCACCCCGAGGCGGAGAAGAGGCAGCUGAGAACCAUGGCGGCGGUAGUGGCGGCGGCGGCAGUGAGGGCUCGGAUCCUGCAGGUUUCUUCCAAGGUGCACUCCACUUGGUAUCCAGCAUCCUUUUUCUCUUCUUCUUCAGUGCCAACUGUAAAGCUCUUCAUUGAUGGGAAAUUUGUUGAAUCCAAAAGUGACAAAUGGAUAGACAUCCACAACCCAGCCACCAAUGAGGUCAUCGGUCGGGUCCCUCAGGCCACCAAGGCUGAAAUGGAUGCAGCCGUUGCUUCCUGCAAACGUGCUUUCCCUGCAUGGGCAGACACUUCAGUAUUAAGCCGUCAGCAGGUCCUACUCCGUUAUCAACAACUUAUUAAAGAAAACUUGAAAGAAAUCGCCAGGAUCAUCACGCUGGAACAAGGGAAGACCCUAGCUGAUGCUGAAGGAGAUGUGUUUCGAGGCCUUCAGGUGGUUGAGCAUGCCUGUAGCGUGACAUCCCUCAUGCUGGGAGAGACCAUGCCAUCCAUCACCAAAGACAUGGACCUUUAUUCCUACCGCCUGCCUCUGGGGGUGUGUGCAGGCAUUGCGCCAUUCAAUUUUCCUGCCAUGAUCCCCCUUUGGAUGUUUCCCAUGGCCAUGGUAUGUGGAAAUACCUUCCUAAUGAAGCCAUCAGAGCGAGUCCCCGGAGCAACUAUGCUUCUUGCUAAGUUGCUCCAGGACUCUGGUGCCCCUGACGGAACACUGAACAUCAUCCACGGACAGCAUGAAGCUGUGAACUUUAUUUGCGAUCAUCCGGAUAUCAAAGCAAUCAGCUUUGUGGGAUCCAACCAGGCAGGAGAGUACAUCUUCGAGAGAGGAUCAAGACAUGGCAAGAGAGUUCAAGCCAAUAUGGGAGCCAAGAACCAUGGGGUAGUCAUGCCAGAUGCCAAUAAGGAAAAUACCCUGAACCAGCUGGUUGGGGCAGCAUUUGGAGCUGCUGGUCAGCGCUGCAUGGCUCUUUCAACAGCGAUCCUUGUGGGAGAUGCUAAGAAGUGGCUGCCAGAGCUGGUGAAUCGUGCCAAAAACCUGCGAGUCAGUGCAGGAGACCAGCCUGGAGCUGAUCUUGGCCCUCUGAUCUCCCCUCAGGCCAAGGAGCGAGUCUGUAAUCUGAUUGAUAGUGGAAGUAAGGAGGGAGCCUCCAUCCUUCUUGAUGGUCGAAAAAUUAAAGUCAAAGGCUAUGAAAAUGGCAACUUUGUUGGACCAACCAUCAUCUCAAAUGUCAAGCCAAAUAUGACUUGUUACAAAGAGGAGAUUUUUGGUCCAGUUCUUGUGGUUCUGGAGACAGACACUUUGGAUGAAGCCAUCAAGAUUGUAAAUGACAACCCAUAUGGAAAUGGAACUGCCAUCUUCACCACCAAUGGAGCCACUGCUCGGAAAUAUUCCCACUUGGUGGAUGUCGGACAGGUGGGUGUGAACGUCCCCAUUCCAGUGCCUUUGCCAAUGUUCUCAUUCACGGGCUCUCGAUCUUCCUUCAGGGGAGACACCAAUUUCUAUGGCAAACAGGGCGUUCAAUUCUACACUCAACUGAAGACCAUCACUUCUCAGUGGAAAGAAGAAGAUGCUACUCUUUCCUCGCCUGCCGUAGUCAUGCCAACCAUGGGCCGUUAGAAAUAAGUUUGUUCCAGACUCAGUCCAUCCUGAGUAAUCUCCCUUUUUUCUUGACCAAUUUAAUUUUCCAACUUUGCUCAGACCAGAUCCCUGGGAAUGGAAUCCCUUGUAACUAAAAUCUUUCUCAGAAUUAUUAGCCCCUGCCCAGUUGCUAUAGGGAGACUCCUAGUAUACCUAGUGUGACACUGAAGCCAGAGUUUUACUUACUCUUCACACUUCUGUUUUUGAGGUAACUGCUGUUCACUGUGAAAUGCUUAGCUGGAAGGAGAGCUUAGACCUG